AUGGCGCAAAACUCGCAGGCCCCCAAGUCCAAAUGGGGUGUGGGCAGUCUCUUCCAGCAAGCCGUUGCGGGUGUCGAAUCCCGUUUAGACAAUAUAUUGAUGGACCAGGAGGACGCACAGAAAGCCUCAAAUACAAAACCCAAGGAGACGGAAAGUACAGCGUCGCCAAUUUCAAGAUCUCCUGCUGGCUCAAUUUCACGAAGCUCAUCCAAUGCGCGCAGAAAUGAUCGGCUCCAAGAACGACUGGCGCGAGCCGUGGUCAAAUCGAACACUGCGAAUCGGAACGCACAAUCUUCACCUGGCCAAGUUUCGUCAACCGCAGCCAGUCCAGCACCAAGUACUGAUGCACGAUCAAGUAUGGACAUCGACACUGGUCUUGCAGUCGCAUCGAUCGCGCCUGAAGACUUGAAAAGUCCUCCGCCAGAUGGAGAGAGCGUCAUAAGCCAUGCAAGUGCGGCUAGAACAAGCUAUGAAUCAGAUAGAUCUACCCGCAAGUCUACCGAGAUCUCUGGAGCAGAAUCCUUACCUAGGCCCUCGACUGAGGUCGACGAACAAGUUUCGAAAUUAGGAAGACCCAGCUUGGACUUGCUGAGCUCACAGCGAAGUGAAGUAUCAGGUGGCCGCGCAUCCGGGGAAAGCACCCGUAUGAGCUUUGAUACACCGUCCGAGUCUCGAACGAGUGAGGACAACGGCGCUGAAUCCCAGUGGCAACAAGAGAGAUAUGAGUAUAUGGCCCGUAUUGAUGAGCUUCAGAGGAAUCUAGAAAAUCUGGCGGGAGAGGCUGCCAAGUCCGCAAAGGGUGCCGCCGCUGCCACUUCUCCAGGGAGCCGGGAGAAAGAGCUCGAAGAAACGAGAGAGAAGUACGCCUUGCUGAUGAAAGAAGGGCAGAAGCUCGAGUCAGAGGCGGCAAAUUCCCGCACUGCUGUUAGAAGAUUGAGGCAACAACUUGCCGAAAACUCGAAAUCGCAGAUGGAAAUGAAGAAAAAGACCGAGAGGCUGGAGAGAGAUUUACUCAACACCGAAAGCAGAGCCAAGCGAGCUGAAGCUGCAGAGAAGCGAUCAAAUGAUUCAUUAUCAACAUAUACUAAGACAGCCAAAGACCUCGAGGCCGUGACAAAUGAGCGCGAUGCCUUGAACCAAACCGUUCGGGAAAUGAAGGCACAAAUCGGCCGAGCGGUUGCGCGCGCCGAAGCUGCUGAAGCAAAGGCUCACUCCGACGCCUUGGAGAAGGAAAAGCGUAGAGCAGAUGAACUCGAAGAGGAGUUGUCAAGCGUCAAAAUCGAGCUUGAUAUCAGUCAGACAAAGUCAAAGAAAGAGAUUGCGGAUUUGAAGGAAAAGGCCGACCAGGAGAAAGAGAGGGCCCGCUUGCUUGAGAUUGAGUUGAAGGGAGAGCAAGCAGCCUUGGAGAGCAAGAUGGAAAGCUUGCGUGCACGUGCGGAAGAAGCUUCUUCCGGGGCUACUGGAGAGACGCAGGCCAAGUUACUACGCCAAAUUGAGACCCUGCAGACACAAUAUUCAGUUGCCAGCGAGAAUUGGCACACCUUGGAAGGCUCCUAUAUUUCUCGCCUCGAUGCGGCAGAGAAAGAACGCGACCAGGCCGCUGACAGAGAGAAAGAGCUGCGAAAGAAACUUCGGGAAUCGACCCUCAAAGUCAAAGAGCUUGAAGAGGAAGUAGAAAAUGCGAAGGAGGCCGAGCAUGACCUGGAAAGCCAGCUCCAGGCGCGUGUUCAAGAGGUUCAAAAGGUGCAACAAAAACUUCAGAGUGCAAUGGACGAGGUCACUUCUGCACAAAAGGAGCUAGUUGAGCAGAAGAAGGUGUGUGAUGCAAACUGGGCGCAAAAGCUUGAGGAGGAACGUGCCAGAUGGAGAGAGCAGGUGCAUAGCUUGCAACAGCCUCGUGGGAUCUCCCCCGUUCCGUCCACUCGCCGUUCAAGCAAUCUCGAUGCUCUGCCGUCUGUUCUGUCAGAAUAUCGUCCCCGCAGCCGGCGCUCGUCUACCUUACCCCCGGGCUCACCAGAUAUUGCCACACCACCGCGCCAAAAUUCCUAUCCAACCUCAAUUGCUCAGGGAACUCUCUCCCCUCCCCCGAUCAGCACUACCAUGGGCCCUCCAUCCAUGAUUUUGGAAACCCCUUCAAUCACCUUUGAACCGGAUGAGUUCUUCAGCUCUGCUGAUCCCACAACACCGUCCGCCUAUGGCGGUACACAAGCAGCUCCGCGCGGCAUCAACGACAUAAUCUCGGAAUCAACUGUCGGUGCUGGUCCAUCCGUGCAGUUGGUCGAGCGCAUGAGUGCUACGGUCCGCCGAUUGGAGAGUGAGCGCGCUGGGUCCAAAGACGAGCUUGCACGAGUCACCGCUCAACGUGAUGAGUCCAGGCAACAGGUUGUCGACCUCAUGCGCGAGCUCGAAGAGAAGAAAACUGCCGACUCUCGAGUUGAGGAGCUCGAGGCCAAGCUUGCUGAUAUUGACCAGCGGUACUUGACAACGCUUGAGAUGCUCGGUGAAAAGAGCGAGCAGGUCGAGGAGCUUCAAGCCGAUAUUGCUGAUCUGAAAAAGAUUUAUCGAGAGCUGGUCGACAGUACGAUGAAAUGA